AACGCCUGUGAUAAGCGCUCAUAUUUUCAUUAGCGUAUUUAUAAAACAUAUAAAUAGUAUAACUCAAAAGUAAUAUACUUAAGAUUUUGAAUUUAGAUGUGAUUCGUUCGAUAGCAUGACCGCUCAGUAUCAAUUGGAUUCAUUGUUGCAGAAAUGCAGCUCUCUGAUUAGCAUGAAGCAGCUCCAAGCGCAUCUCAUAACAACCGGAAAAUUCCAAUUCCACCCUUCCCGGUCAAAGCUCCUCGAGCUCUGCUCCAUCUCCCCCGCCGGCGACCUCUCCUUCGCAGGCCAAAUUUUCCGGCGAAUCCAGACCCCUUCCACCAACGACUGGAACGCCGUUCUUCGAGGCCUGGCCCAAAGCCCAGAACCGAUGCAGGCCCUGUCAUGGUACCGCGCCAUGUCACGCAGUCCCCAAAAGGUGGACGCUUUGACGUGCUCCUUCGCCCUCAAGGGCUGUGCGCGCGCAUUGGCUUUCUCCGAAGCCACCCAGAUUCAUUCUCAGCUUCUGCGUUUUGGAUUCGAAGCUGAUAUAUUGUUGCUGACCACGUUGUUGGAUGUGUACGCCAAAACCGGUGAUCUUCAUGCUGCCCAUAAGGUGUUUGAUAAUAUGCAAAAGCGAGAUAUUGCUUCGUGGAAUGCAAUGAUUUCUGGGUUGGCUCAAGGAAGCCGACCCAAUGAGGCUAUAGGUUUGUUCAACAGAAUGAAGGAAGAGGGGUGGCGACCUAAUGAGGUAACUGUUCUGGGUGCAUUCUCCGCUUGUUCACAAUUGGGUGCUUUGAAACAUGGCCAGAUUAUUCAUGCCUAUGUUGUGGACGAGAAGCUAGACACUAAUGUAAUUGUUUGUAACGCAGUUAUUGAUAUGUACGCAAAAUGCGGCUUUGUUGAUAAGGCUUAUUCCGUGUUUGUUAGCAUGAGCUGCAAGAAGAGUCUUGUCACAUGGAACACUAUGAUCAUGGCGCUUGCGAUGAACGGUGAUGGCAAUCAGGCGCUUGAGCUUUUGGAUAAGAUGGCUGCGGAUGGAGUGGAUCCGGAUGCGGUGUCUUAUCUUGCUGCAUUGUGUGCAUGCAACCAUGCUGGCUUGGUGGAAGAAGGGGUUAGGUUGUUUGAUAUGAUGAAGGGGUAUGGAGUGAAACUUAAUGUUAAGCAUUAUGGGAGUGUGGUUGAUUUGUUAGGUCGAGCAGGAAGGAUAAAAGAGGCGUGUGACAUCAUAAACUCAAUGCCUAUGAUUCCUGAUGUGGUGCUCUGGCAGAGUUUGCUUGGGGCUUGUAAGAUUCAUGGGAACGUGGAAGUGGCUGAGAUGGCAUCAAGGAAGCUGGUGGAGAUGGGAUCAAAUCAUUGUGGGGAUUUUGUGUUGUUAUCGAAUGUUUAUGCAGCGCAACAGAGAUGGUAUGAUGUUGGGAGGGUGAGGGAGGCCAUGAAGAUUAGGGAUGUGAGGAAGGUGCCAGGAUUUAGUUACACAGAGAUUGAUGGUAGUAUCCACAAGUUUGUGAAUGGUGAUCAGAGUCAUCCGAGUUCCAAAGAGAUAUAUGCAAAACUUGACGAGAUCAAGUUCAGGAUUAAAGCAUAUAGAUAUGAAGCAGAGACUAAUCUUGUGCUGCAUGAUAUUGGGGAGGAAGACAAGGAGAAUGCGCUUAAUUAUCACAGCGAGAAGUUGGCCGUGGCAUAUGGUUUAAUUAGUACAGGUGAUGGAACACCAAUUCAGGUCAUAAAGAACCUUAGAAUAUGUGUGGAUUGUCAUGCUGUGAUAAAAAUCAUAUCAAUUGUUUAUAAAAGGGAGAUUAUUGUGCGUGAUAGAGCUAGAUUUCACAGAUUUAAAGAAGGUGUAUGUUCUUGCAGAGAUUAUUGGUAAAAUUAUAUCAGAAUGCUUAUUGUA